UCCACGCCGUACAAAUCAUUGAAUUCAGGUGUUCCAAUCACCUCCAAAUCAUUGAAUUCAGGUGUUCCAAUCACCUCCAUGGCCACAGGUGUAUAAAAUCAAGCCCCUAGGCAUGCAGACUGCUUCUACAAACAUUUGUGAAAGAAUGGGUCGCUCUCAGGAGCUCAGUGACUCCAAGCGUGGUACCGUGAUAGGUUGCCACCUGUGCAAAAAGUCCAUCUGUGACAUUUCCUUGCUACUAAAUAUUCCACGCUCAACUGUUAGUGGUAUUAUAACAAAGUGGAAGCAACUGGGAACACCAGCAACUCAGCCA